UAUUUUUUUGUAUAUAUAAAACUAAAAACAUAACAUACGUUUCUCUAUUAUUUUGCCUCAGAAAAUUUUAAACGCAAUAAUAUUAAUGUAUAUGAAAAGUAGGUGAUAACAGAUAAAGCUGAGAAUUUCGAAACAAAACAUUCACAGACAUGGAGCGUCAGUCCGAACAUCGCGAUGAGCACCACCGCCUUCAUUCUUCUCCGAUCAACACCAACCUCCUUUCCUAUCGCCGGAGCUUACUACAAGACGAAGAAACCUCCAGAGCUAUCGGAUCACCGACGCCAUCCUUCACCACCAACUCACCUUUCGACUCUUCAUUAGCACUCACAAUCCUCGUCCUCCUCACUGUUCUCUUCUUCAUGGCCUUCUUCUCUCUCUACAUCCGCCGUUUCACCAGCUCCGAAGACUCUCUCUCCGGCCACCAACGUCGAUCCGCGCCGCAUUCCCGAAGAGAAAAACACGGCGGAGUUGAUGCCACCACCGUCCGGUCUCUCCCGGUGGUUCCGUACGGUGGCGAUUCGAAGAUUUGGGGCGAAUGCUCAAUCUGUUUGAGUGAGUUUGAGGAGAGGGAAACAGUGAAAGUGAUUCCGUAUUGUCGUCAUGGAUUUCAUCCUGUGUGCAUCGACAGGUGGCUUUCAUCGCACGUCUCAUGUCCCUUAUGCCGGUCGACUGAGCUAUUUCCGGCCGUCGAUGAGGUGUGAGUAGGUGUGGUGGUGGGUCAAGAUAAAGAUCCGACGGUGUUGACACGAACACGAAGUGAGUGAAUGCAUGAGGUCCCGCGUGUUAUGAUUGUUGGAGAAAGACAAGAUUUGCCGGGAACGUUUUCUGCAGGUAGGCACGUGGGAGAUGGCACGUGUGACGUCAUGUACUAAACGGCAAAACGUACCAAUUGUCUUUUUCUGUUUUCUGUCUUGAUUUAUUAAUUUAUUUUUAAUUUUUAUUUUGAUUUUAUCGUCUAGGAAUAUUUCGUGUUGCAAAUAAAUUUAAAUAAAAAAAUGAUAUUAAUCAUUUUGAUGUAAA